CUCGAGAAGGCCGUCGCGCAGAUGCAGCAACUCUCGGCAGCCAACCUUCAACUCAUUGACAGCAUGAACGCGCCCGCUCUGCUGCAGAGCCUGAUGGGCUCGUUCAAACUGCUCGCCGACAGCAAUCGGCGGCAGGCGGAGCUCGUCAAAAACGUGAUAGACAGCAUCCAGGGGCGUGGACCGCCGACCAUAGAUCCGCAGCUCGCGAUCUCGUAUGUUCCACGGAGCGACUACGACGCCCUCAAGGCGCGCUAUGACGCGCUCGUUACGACCAACAGCGUCGCGUCCGGCGUCGGCGGACCAGGAACGGCGCGACGCGCGCGCAUGGCUCCCAAGAACCCACCUACGCUGGUGCAGGCGGAAGUUGAAGAGGACCGCGCACGGGAAACGAGCGGCACUCCUUUCGGCGAAGAAGAAAAGCGUAGUCGCAAGCGCCGGUCAAUGAAGCUCGAGCAUCUCGUGCACAAGAUGGCGAACCGCCGUCUGGGCGUCGAGUAUGCAGUGUCAAACUUUGAGGUCAAGGGGACCAAGGAGCUGCCAAUGCCCGGAACAAUCCCGCCAGGCGCGGACACAAGUCUAAACGGUGUUGAUGAGUUCCGCCCCGAUUUCCGCUCGGACUUGGGUCACCCCGAUCUGAGACCAUUCCUUGAUGCAGUUACAGCCGACGUCAAGGACGCUUGGGGAGAAUCGUUUGCCACGGACGAACCUGAGGUUGACGACGAUCAAAUUGUCAAGGCCGUCACGACGUAUUGGACACGCCUGAGCAAGCGCUACAACGAGCAGCUGAGCCGCCAGCGCGGCGAAAGCUUGGUUGCGCGCCGUACCGCCGCGUUUGAUACGUCCCCGCUCAACCUGUGCAAGUUCCGCGCGCUGUAUCGCACUCUUCUCACAAUCGAUUUUGCAGCUAUGACGAAUGAGCGUCCCGACCCCAAGCGCGAGUACUCGGCCGACGAGUGGUAUGCGUAUCGCAAGAGGAGCGGGGCGAAAGGGGCCGACGCCCACGAGGUCGUUGACCAGUUCUGGCUGAGCUCGCAGGUGCGCGCUCUCCUCGUCACACUCGAUACAUACGCACACGACAUGACCUCGAAGAUGCGGCGCAAGGGGCGGCCUAAGCAGCCUGCACCCACGUUCCAUCUCCCGCCUGAACUCUGGGACCGCUCCCAACUUCCUGUACUCCGCAAGAAGCAGGCGGACGGAAUGCCGCACCCGACAGGCGCCGGCAUCGUGCUCUUCAAGUUCCACGUCGAUGAGAAGGUUCAGGAGCAGAACCCCGAGUGGGCAGAGGGGUUGUAUGACACGCCACCCGUGCCGGACGAGGACAAGCUGCUACCCUCACUAUCGGACGUGAUGAACGCGAACGCAUUCUACCACCUCAAGCCGCGGAUCAAGCAACUGCGCGCCGAGAGCGUCGUGCCGCGCAUGACCCCGGAUGAAGUGCAG